AUGGCGGAACAUUUAUUCUUUCCCGAGGAGCCCCCAAUGCCUUAUUUAGUCGAGUAUAACGGCUCGCUAUAUGAUGGCAGCGACUGGGACCAAUUCCCAAUUCGCGGUGGCUGGAGACUAGAAACAGGCUUCGAAAGGUACUGGCCUGACAUCUUAGUACCGUCAAAGUUCUACUCCGAAAUAGAGUGCUGGCUCUACUUCGGCAUGCUCCACUAUGUCUUUGGGGACCAGCUCAACCAGUCCGAUUUUCUUCUGCGCAGGGAAGAAGAUUCUUGUCAGUACCUGACGACGAAGCAUCUUGAUAAAUAUGUCGGCAACGCCAAGGAAUGGAAGAAGAGAAAACUUGGCAAGCGGGCGGUUGAGAUUGUUGAGAAAGUCUGCAAUAACCUCACCAUAUACUCCAAGACUUGUGUGCGGGGGGAGAUGGCGGUGGCCAUUCGGCUGAUUUGCUACGUUCUCUGGAAUCUUGCAGUCAAGCGAGACGGUCCUCAGACUAAGACAUCUAAUGUUAAGCAUUGGUUGCUAAGCGUCGGAUCUGAAACUCAACAAAUGAUUCGAGAGGGAUGGUGCCCCUUGGAGGCAGAGAAGUGUCGCUGGACUGGUGGUGGUGUGGACACUCCUAUUUAUCUGCUUCAAUUAAUGCGUAUCAAGCCCGACUGGAAUAUCAAGUCGCAUAGGCACUGCAAGAAGACCCGAUGUGUGGCAAACAACAUCGACGAGAGCGACUAUGUCACUCGGCACGUGCAAGAAGAUUGUACUUGUUCGCACCUUCAGGCAAAUGUCGAGCAGCUGCAUACAAUUCUCCAGGAUGGAGGGGUCCCCCUUUUGAUGAUCACGCCUAACGGCGAGGAUGAUCUCGGCAACGAGAAUUUCAAGAUUGAGAUUGUGAGAAAGCGUAUCGACAAGCAAUACCUGGCAAUUUCGCAUGUGUGGUCCGAUGGGCUGGGUAACACCGAGGGUAAUAGUCUCCCACACUGCCAAUUGAGGGUCCUUUAUGGACAGGCAAAAUCCGUUCUCACCGGCGAUGAAUAUGUUCCUCGCUAUGAUAAUGGUCCAUUUGGAUCAUUUCACACUAGCACGGCUCGACUUGCUCAUUUCGUGAGUAACAAAGCUCUUCGCAGAGAUGAUUCAGUCUUGGUGUGGAUUGAUACCUUGUGCAUUCCACAUCAGCCUGAUGUUCGGAGCCUGGCAAUUCAGCGCAUUCGUGAAGUAUACAUAGAUGCUUACCGGACGAUGAUCCUUGACUCGGAGAUGAGGAACGUGAACGCGAGCUCUGCAAGUCACCUAGAGCUUCUGCUGAGGGUAUUGUACUGUUCGGGCUGGAUUCGCCGACUAUGGACGCUUCAAGAAGGACUGGCCGCUAAGAGCCGGCUGUACGUGCUAUUCUCUGAAAAAGCAGUCAACAUUUCCACUAUUGCUGACGAGCUCCUGACCAAACUUGACGGAGGCAAACUCCCUAUCAUGCAGGAGAGGAUUGUGACCUUCGCCAUCGGUGCUUGGCGCUCAUUCUUUCAACAGACUGUUGAGUCCACAUCCAAAUUCGAACGUUUUGUCGAUUUUGUUGGUUCUGCUUUCGACAAAGGCGACUCUUUCUCCCAGAGUCGACUACUCAUAUCGAACUGGUUUAAUGUAGCCACCCGAGCUACCAGUAAGACAGCCGAUCGCCCAAUCAUUCUGGCGGGUAUUUUGAAUCUGGACUUGAAGCCAGUUCUUGAGGUUAAAGGAUCCGAUGAACGAAUGCGGAAGCUCUACAGCCUGCUCAACGAGUUUCCCCAAGGCGUGCUGUUUCUGCACGGGCCACGGUUUGAAGAAGACGGAAUGCGCUGGGCGAUGAAAAAGUGUGAAUAUAACGAAGAGAUCCGCUUUCUCUCGGGCGAAGCCGGGAAGAUUACACCUCGAGGACUUCAUAUCACAUCCCAAACGUCAUGGCUGUUCCCAUCCCGUAUAAUGUUUGAUCUCAACCUGUUUUCCGUCGACCCCAACCAUGCGCAAAUGGCUUGGGAGGAGUGGAUCAAAGAGCACCAUAUUGAAGACCCCAAACUGAAAGGUGUCUGCCUCCUGAAUACUGAAACCCCCUGUAUUUUCGAGCCGAAUGGGACUUACGGGAUCAUUGCGAUGGAAGUUGAGGAGGAUUCUCGACCUGGAUCAAAUAGAACGUGCGCGGUGGUGUCAUUGCGCACGACCGAGGAUGGAGUUCAUUAUGUACAACUUACCAGCGUGGGGUCAUUCAUGUCUAUCAGAGGCGUUGGCAAACAACCACAAGAAGGCUAUCUGGUGCCAGUCACCUGGGAUGACCAUCAAAAACUUGAAUGGGUUGUUGGUUGA